AUGUGCUUCCUAUUUCUGUUUCAUUAUUCAGAAUAUUUGGUGACAGUUGUCAACCCUCAGAGUUUGCGCCUGAAUUUCUUCUUACUCAAGCAUACUUUGCCACCAUUUGCAUUGCAUAGGGGAUGGUUUUACCCAAGUAUGGAAACUGAGGUAUUACUGCACAAUCUAAUGUGUUUAGUGGACUACACCCCUGUAUCAGAGAGUAUCAGGCACAAGACUGAACAGGUCUUUGAGGGCAUGAUUCACUGUGGCAAAGGCCUGAAUGUGGCAGACAUUCAAAGUUUCUGUAGCAAAAUGAAAUCGCUGUUCUUCUUCUCAUUACUUGCAAGUCUGGAAGGAGACUGA